AUGGACCAGCUACCAGAGGAAAUCACUUCCUCCAUAUUCACCAUUGCCUGUACAGAUGAUGGUCGGACCGCGAAGUCUCUUCUGCUGGUGUCCAAGAAGACCAAGCGCAUCGUUGCACCAAUACAAUGGCAUUCCGUCUCUCUGUCGGGUCAGACCGAGUUCUGCGGAUUUGCAGCGAAGGUGUCAAAACUAUCUGAGUACAGGCCCAUAUACCACUUGUUUAUAUCCGACCGUGCUGCAUCGGAGGCCUAUCAUCCCUGGAGUCGAACCAAUGCAACAACGAUAGAAGAACUGCACAGCAGGGAGGAGACGGAAAGAGUGCGGUGGAGGCAUGCGCAGAACAUCAUCCUAGAGCACGCCGCUCCUACGGUUCAGACGCUGACCUUCCUUGCGCUGGAUCCCAGGAAUAGCGCUCGGCGUGUCGGUGACAUGUUCAAACGCGUAUACCCCAAUCUCCGUGAGCUCACUCUCCGAGUUCCUCCCCUGCAGCCGCUAUUCGCUUCGGAGCCUAUAGACUUGACUGCCGGGCCAUUCGUGUCUGUGGAUAGCGAUAAAUCUCACUUACUUCCAAGAUUGCAGCGAUUGCACGUUGCCGGCCACUUCAAGAAGACGACUUCAGCGUCCAGUCGCAUCAAGGCUAUAUCUUCUGGGGUGACUCACCUUCGCCUCUCCGGUAUAUUUGCCUAUCCGUUCGCGAGGGAACUUGGCGCGGAGUUAUUCUUGCGAGGCGUACUCCAACAUGAUGUACUCGCGGAAAACCCUACAAAUCCUUUGCCGUCGCCCUUCCUUCCGCUGUCGAUGCAAUGCAUUGUUAUUCAACCCACGAACCCCACAUACGCUGACGAUUGGGGAACUGAUCACGGCGAAGAAACAAUAGCGCUCUUGAAGACACUCGAAGAUGCUGCGGAAGAUCCGACGCAGCUGUUGUAUAUUUCUCCAUUGCCAAAGUCCUUCUAUACCUACGACCAAGCGAAAGAGGAUUGGCUCAGUCGAGUUAACGGCGGAUUUGGGUGCUGGAAGAUUUCUGAGACAGAGGGCUCACCCGAAGUCGAGCACGAGUCGCCUGAAGCCGAGCAAGAUUCUGAAGGUGGCCCGCUCCCUUCUAGGCUCGGUGGUAAAAGUUAUCUCGGGUCUCUUAUCAAUAGUUUAUUUGGCUGGUGAUGUGUCUUCGAUGCAUGCGAAUUCCUACGCGUUUUCUUUCUUCUCGCUUAUGGGGGUUGUGCACUUAUGACCAGGACUGUUCUAAUCAAGCGACCGCAGGAGGCAUUUACGGUCUGCCCUGGAAGACUAGUUUUGAGCUCAUCGCACGACCAUUCUUAUACC